GAGGGAGCGAGAUGCGCAAGGUUAUAGGGUUGCUUAGAGCGCCACAUGCAGGUGUCUCCAAUGCUCACCUUGCGGCUAAGCGCGGUCGAGUGGGGCGCAGGACAGGAUACCCGUACAAUAGAGGCGUGGGCAACGUUCAUGGUGGUCAGACAAGUUCCUUGCUUCUCCAACCUCCUUCAUCUUCCUCCCCAUCUUCGUCUCCCUCCUCAUCUGCGCCCUCCCCUUCAUCUGCGCCCCCUUCUUCCUCAUCCUCACCUCCGUCUCCCAGCUCAACGCCUUCGCCUACUACGCUUCCGCCUACUUCGCUGGAGGGUCACGGCCAUGAUAAAAGCACUCCAAGCACCCAAGCAACGGUUAUACUCGAUCCUUCAACUCCAGCCCCAAUCCCCGCUCCUCUUCCUUCGCCCUCCCCUUCAUCUUCCAAAGAAGGGGGAAAUCCCCUUAAAGGAGGAAACAAAACCGUCGUGACCACUGAUCCCUCCCCCACUUCCACGUCUCCUACGUCUUCAUCCCCGACUUUAGAUCUGUCGAGCCCCAACCAGACACCGGGUCAUGGUAAAGGUCCAUCAGAUAAAGUCCCUGGUAAUUUCAAUUCCUCUCCAACUCCUUCUCCGACCCCUUCUCCGACCCCUCCUCCGACGUCUUCUCCAGCCUCUUCUCCAACCUCUUCUCCGCCUUCCAAAGGCAAAGGGAAGCUAGCUGGCGACAUUGGAAAAGUUGUCCAAGAUUCAACUAGUGUUCUCAUUUCCACUCCCGCAUCCCAGGUUCUGUCAGACGCCACUUCGACAUCAGACAAAAACCCAGGCCAUUCAAAGGCCAGUCCAGAUCCUUCUCCUCCAGCUUCCAAGGGCAAGGGAAAGCUCGACAACAACGUAGGGACUUCGCUUGUCGGGGAUUUAACCAAUACUCCCAUCCCCACUUCUUUCGCCCCUCCCUCCGACUCAUCUGAAGCCCCGUCGAAAACAGGGGAUAGGGGAGGUCAUGGGACUGGUCCUCUGGAUACAACCUCUGUCAAUCUCGAUCUCUCUCCAACCUCUUCUCCGCCUUCCAAGGGCAAGGGAAAGCUAGGAAAAGUUGUGGAUGAUUCAACCAGUGCUCCCACUCCUAUUCUAACGUCUUUCACGCCUCCCUCCGCCUCAUCUGAUCCUCCGUCGGAAACGACAACUGAUGGAAAAGGCCAUGGGAAGGGUAAAGUCCUUGAUAAUAUUGGUCCUUCUUCGACCGCUUCUCUACCUUCCAAAGGCAAAGGAAAGCUAGGAACAGUAGUCGAUAAUCUGACUAGCGAUCCUGUUUCCACUCCCUCUGCCUCACCUCAAGAUCCGUCAACAACAAAGACUGAUAAAGGAAAAGGCCACGGGAAAGUCCUCGACAACCUCGGUCUUUCUUCAAUCCCUUCUCUGCCUCCCAAAGGCCAAGGAAAGCAGGGACACACCGCAACGAGUGAUCUUAUUCCCACUCCCUCCGUCCCACUUGAAAUCCCGUUAAACACAGGAACCGAUAAGGGAAAAGGCCAUGGGAAGGGUAAGGUCGUCGACAGCGUCGAUUCUUCUUCAACGAUUUCUCUACCUUCCAAAGGCAAGGGAAACCUAGGAAAACUCCUCGAUAAUCUAACUAGUAUUCUCAUGCCCACUCCAUCGACUGACGCCCUGUUGGAAACAAAGACUGAUAACGGGAAAGGUCAUGGGAAGGAUAAGGUGCUCGACAGUCUUGGCCCUUCUCCGACUCCACCUUUCAAGGGCAAGGGGAAAGUCGACGAUAAUUUAACUAGUGCUCUCGUUUCCCUUCCCUCCGUAUCGACUGACGUCCCGUUGGCAACAAAGACCGAUAACGGGAAAGGUCAUGGGAAGGAUAAGGUGCUUGACAGUCUUGGCCCUUCUCCGACUCCACCUUUCAAGGGCAAGGGGAAAGUCGACGAUAAUUUAACUAGUGCUCUCAUUUCCCUUCCCUCCGUAUCGACUGACGUCCCGUUGGCAACAAAGAUCGAUAACGGGAAAGGCCAUGGGAAGGAUAAAGUGCUCGACAGUCUUGGCCCUUCUCCGACUCCAACUUCCAAGGGCAAGGGGAAAGUCGACGGUAAUUUAUCUAGUGCUCUCAUUCCUACUCCCUCCGCAUCGACUGACGCCCUGUUGGAAACACAAACCGAUAACGGGAAAGGCCAUGGGAAGGAUAAGGUGCUCGACAGUCUUAACCCUUCUCCAACUCCGCCGCCUUUCAAGGGCAAGGGGAAAGUCGACGGUAAUUUAACUAGUGCUCCCAUUCCCACUCCCUCUGCACCAUCGGAAGCCCCGUCAGAAACAAAAACAAAAUCGGAUGAAGGACAAGGCCAUGGAAAGGGAGUUGUAACCAAAGUCGUUGAUGACACAGGCAAAACGAUUAAGUCGGUUGUGAGUGAUAAGGUCGGAGGUGGGACCGAUAGUAGUUUGCAUGGAUCCGCUACUGCUACUUCAAACAGCCCCGCUUUGACGCCUCCUGUUCCUCAACCCACUAGUGCUCUUGGAGGAUCUACUUCAAGGAUAUCUAACCAUAGGCCGCCUCCUUCACCUCAAACGUCAAACCCUAGUGAUGGUGAAACCUCCAAGUGGGGUGGACGCAGUACCUCGAAUGGUGAUGACAAUCAUCAUCAUGGAGGCAGCAGUACCACGAACGGCCUUGAAGGAUCGUCCAUUAGUGGUUCUACUCCGAAUCAUACCCCUUAUCUUGCCCGUCCCUCGCCUCCUGAUACUACCACUUGGGAUGUGAAACCUCAUCCUGCCACCACAACAUCCGCCUCCAGAGGUAGAGAGACCCCCAGUUCUUCGACUCCUACGACCAUCAUGUCUAUCUCUUCGGGGGUGUCCUACACUGUCUCUAACGGGAUCACAGUCCCUCUUUCGAUCGUAACAGCAACGAGCGAUGGAUCUGUAAUUACAGUUCCUACCGCACUUUCGGAAUCGAUCUCGUGGAUCGUUUCUACCUCCGGCACGAAGGUCCUCACGAUUCCCACCAUACUCCCUGGAAGUCCAUCGUCUGUCAGUGUGAUGCCUCAAUUGGGCAGGCAAACGGAUACCACGUCGUAUACCGGAAGCGGGAUUUGGGGACCCUUCCCUACAGAUGGGGGUGGUACCACGGGUCCGGGCCGAGGAGGUACGGGCAGCAUGUCAACGUCGAAGAGGGGGCUUAAUCCUGUCAUUUGGUCUGUCAUUGCUAUUGCGCUGGUUUUCCUUUUGACAUUCCUUGGGUUGGUUCUGAAGAGGAAAAUGUAUGCCAGACAGCGUCAGGCCAGGAUUCGAGAGUGGAGUGCUGCUUCUGGGUGGACGGAGGGUGUUGAGAGGGGGAUUGAAGGUGGCCCACAGGUUUAUGCCGCGGGUGCGGUGGUGGGAGGGAAAAAGAGGAGCAGAGGUAUUGAGGGUGGAAGACAUCUAAGCCAGGAUAGUUUCUCGACGCCCGAACAAAGUGUCAUUCGAGGAGUUUGGGCAAGAGACUCCAUGCAGAGUUUGGCUCCACCUCCGUCUAUCAGUUCCUCUAUCUUGAGCCGGACCUCGUUUGAUGCCGCUGGGUUUGGCAUGAGCGCUGGUGAGAGGAGGGCGUCUCAACUUGAACAGCGACGAGAGCAGUUAUCGACAGUAGAAGGCGCGAGAUCUGGUUCACCCGAGAUGAUCCAGAUUCCACCUCCUGCUUCUAGUUCGUUGACUCCUGGGAGGUGUCGUACUGCUGAUUUGACGCUCUCUCCUACUUCGCUGUUCCCCGCUACUGGGGGGCUUCUUCAUGGAGACCCUUUCGCUGACCGUCCACACGAUAGACGCAGCGAUGAUGGGAGCACUGUUUCCCCUAUGUCGUUUGAAUUUGGGGAUUUGACGGCGUUUCCCACACCCCCUGGUUCUGUUACCCUUGGAAUGACGCCUAGAAGCCAAGGUGGUGAGAGACCGUCAUAUUGUCGUUCUCAGGGUUCAUCAGAAUUGGGAUCUGAUGGAUUGGCACCCAUCCCUCGAACGCAUGAAGGUGUAUCGGUUCACGAGGAUCCAUUCGCUGAUUAUCCCAAUGCAAUGCCUUCGCCUAUACCUUCUUCAACUGAACGAUCAAUGUUUGGCAACGGUGUCAUGGCUAACCAUUCUUCCACUUCCCUGCCGACCAGUGUUCACCGAGCUAUUAUUGGACCAGGGAUGUCGAGUUCGAGAAACGGCUCUUCCAAUGCACAAGUUGUACGCCCCUGGAGCCCCACAGCUCCAGAGGAGAUAGCUGACACCGGGGGAGGGUGGGCCUUUGUGAAGAAGACGGAACCUGACACCGGGUUAGUCAGGAGAGGGUUUGUCCCUGUGAAUUGUUUGAUGGACGGACCCAGUCCCAGAAGCACCGCUGGGUCUUGUGGUCAUUCUGUAGUCUCCGGAGGUGGAAGUGCUUAUGCGGACGCGGACGUGCUGCCGGGCACAGCGCUGUGACCUCUCCUCCAAGUCCCGCAUCAGAAAUAUGCCAUACUUUCUAACGUUAUCUCGCUGCCAGCUGGCAUCCACUCGUUUUUCGAAACUUGGUGGUGGGGGCGCCAUUUGUCCUUUUGUUAUAGAACGCACCCGUUCUCGCCUUUACCUUCAAUCAUCGCAGUGGCAUUCGAUCGUGUAUCUAUUUUAUCAGUCUGUUUUCCCCAAGGCUUUGAUUCCUUUAUUUAUUAUCGCCUCACCUUGACAGUUGCUUUCUUUGUCCAUUGAAUGGAUUCAGUUGCGGCCGCCACAGCUUUCUCGUUCGUGAGUGUCCGCACGCACACCCUCUCUUAUUUGCCGGUUCUUGUGUGGGUUUUGUUAUACUCCAAGCGACCCUGUCAGCUCAAGCCUGACUGAACUUAUUCUUCACGCUCCACCAUAAUCCCAACCUUACUCUUACAACGUCUUAUUCUUUACUCCGGAAUUUG